ACCUAACGGUGUGUGCACAGGCGCACACGCCCAGCUAUAAACAACCACAGUCUACACUUAUGCGCACAUUAUUUUUGAAUUAUGUGUAUGAGCAUGUCUUCAGUGAAUAAUCAGAAAUCAUGCUAUAGUUCACAGGCGUCCCUCUGGAGUAUACACACUGUGCUAGAUUUGCCGUCGCUUGUCAGAGCUCUGUAAUGCUACUGCACCUCUGACCGCUGAGUGUUGUUUUGAGGUGCGGCACGCUCGCCACUGCGCUGCUGCUGCUGCUUCUGCUGUAGUGGGAGCAUCGGUCCUCAGCCUGCAGUGCUCCGAUGUGCGGCCGUCUCCAGCCUGCCCCGUCUUUGCACAUAGCCUAAUCUAAUUUACAAAACCGCUGAGGAACAAAUUCAUUCAAACAUGCGGGAGGUGAAAUACUGUGCGUCUUUGAACGGAGAUGGGGAAGGCACUCACUUUCUGUGACUAUCUACAUGCUUUCUGGAGAUGCAGUUGCCUACAUUGAGUGCAUAGAGGCAGUUGGGUUUAGGAUGCGUUCCCUGAGGAAGACGCUGUUGCUCGCCACCCUGGUGUCUGUGGUACUGGUGCUGGCCCUCCUCCAUUCAUGGCCCACUCGGGUCUACACCACAGUGGAUGUGUGGCAGCAUCCAGGACCAGCGAGACAACUGGAGGAGAGGCUCCCAGAACCAGACCACCGAUUAGACAACAUCCCCUUUCGUGUGAGAGAUAAUGUGGUGAGCUUGUUGCCACGUAAUGGGUGUGUGUGUGAGGCUGAGACCGGAGGAAUAAAUCUGCCCUUCGCACAGCUCUUAUUCCUGCGGGUGUCAGCACACAUGCUGUACACUGCCUUUGAGGCCUCUGAGCUGGAGAAAAUGAAGCAGAGACGGGCCAAAGAAUACAAGAGUUUCCAGAAGACGUAAGCACAAUAAAAUAGAUGUCAUACAUUGUAGCCAGCAGUGUUGUGCCAUUUAACACUUGACAAGAGCUAGCUCAAAGUUCAAUUUGCACACGUUAAAAUAAACAAGUUCACAUUCAUAGUUAGGUGUUAGACGCACUG